CCCAAACCUGUCCAGCCAGUCGCAAGGGAGGAGGGGGCACUGGGAGGGGCCUCUAGGAUGCCAGAGGCGGUGCCCCCGGCCCAGCACAGGCGGAGCUGCGGGGGCCGCAGACGGACGCUGCGGAGGAACCUGAGCACAGAUGGGGACAGGUACCCGGAUGCUCCGCCUGGCCUUGGGGCUCAGCGGGCCGCCCCUGCUUCUGGCCCCACUAUGGCUGCUGCUGACCGGGGUCCAGCCCGGGACUGGUGUGGAGCACAUCCGCUACGUGCCCCGGCUCUCGGGCGCCACCCUGGCGGGGAAGCUCACCCAGUCCACCUUCACGCUGGAGCAGCCGCAGGGCCAGUUCAACCACACCAGCAUCUCUGACUUUGACUCCAUCUGGCUGGUGGUGGCCUACAGCAAUGCCACCCAGAACUUCGUUGCCUCGCAGAAGCCAAAGGACAUUCCUGUCCCUGCCACCUUCACCCAGAAAGGCUACUACUUCACGAUGCCAGCCACCCGGCUGCACUACCCGAGCGGCCCAGCCGGCAGCCAGCUCCGUGUCCUCCGCGUUGGCAAUGACACCCACUGUUCCCCCACGAAAGAGGGCUGCAACGCCCCCCUGCCAGACUCGGGACCCUACAGGGUGAAGUUUCUGGUGAUGAACGACCGCGGACCUGUGGCUGAGACAGAGUGGUCCAACGAGACCCGCCUGCAGCAAGCCAAGGCAUUCGAGGCUGUCCUGGGAUCCCAGAGCGAGGGCACUGUGGUCAUCAUUACCUUCCUGUCCAUCCUGCUGGCCAUCCUCCUGGCAGUCGUUCUCGUGCUGCUGUACACCUGCUUUGACAGCUGCGGGAGCGCUCGCAUCUCCAGCCCAAGUGAGCGGGAGAGCAUGAGAAGAUACAACACCCACCACAUGUGCAGCCCCGCGGCUGAGCGGGGCUCCUGAGCGGCUCUGGGGUCCCCCAGCUGCCCCUUGGCAACCUCUCUGUUCCAGGCUGUACAGCCCGAGCCGGCCAGAGCCCUGCAAGUUGCAGAGCCCUGGGAGAGUUGUAACUACGAGGGGAGGGCGCCCUUACCCCCACCUGUAGGCUAAGGCUACGGGCAAUAAAUGUCCCGUGCUUGUCUGCAACAUUG